AUGGUCUACGAAGGCAUUGUUCUGGGUCAUAAAGUAUCGCAUCAAGGGAUUGAAGUUGACAAAGCACAAGUUGAGGUAAUAGAAAAAUUGUUACCUCCUACUAGUGUCAAGGGUAUUCAGAGUUUCUUAGGCCAUACAGCUCUGGAGUGGACAUUGCCUUCUGAACUAAUGUGUUACGCUAGCGAUUAUGCUGUGGGAGCAGUGUUGGGGAAAAAGAAAGACAAAGUAUUUCAUGCAAUCUAUUAUGUAAGCAGGACCCUAACGGAUAUGCAGCUUAACUACACCACCAUUAAAAAGGAGUUAUUGGUUGUGGAGUUUGAUUUAGAAAUUUGGGAAAGAAAGGGGACUGAAAAUCAAGUGGCUGAUGACUUGUCAAGAAUAGAAGCUAGAAAUAAAUAUGGCAAUGUCAAACUUAUUAAAGAAGACUUCCCAGGCGAGCAACUAUUAGUUUCCAUGGCAUUACCUUGGUAUGCCGAUAUAGUGAACUUCUUAGUAAAUGGUUUGAUACCACUUGAUCUCAACAGCCAAUGA